AUUUCUGCUUCUUGCCAUUACCUUUGGAUACCCAAAAGGCUCCUGGUCAUUUCACUUCUGUCAUAUCAGAAGAAGACUUCUAUAUAUUUAGCACACGAAACUUGAAUCUUGACAGUUCAGCAGUUGUUUCAAGUCUAACAUCAGUCACCGCGGUUCCUUUAUUAUUGGCUGCUCUGGCCAUAUUAAUAAUGCAAUUGAUUGCUGUCAAAAGUUGCAAAAUUGAUGCAUUAUCGACAGCAAUUUUUCGAUCAUUCGACCAGAAUUCAUCUCACCCUUCAUCAUGGCGUUGCUUGAUUCAAAUGCUAAUCUUAAUGUUUCCUGUGUUCAUCUUCAAUUCUGCAUUCAGUACUCAAACUCUUGUGGGCAGUGCAGAUUACAAAAUUGAUACAUUAAAGGAUGUUAUCAAUCGGGGAAAGAUACCAUGUUUCUUUGAAGGCAUUUCAAUGCACGAUUUCUUUAAAGCCAAAGUGACCAAAGAAUAUGAUGACAUUUAUGAACGUAGCGUUUCUGAAGGAUUCGGGGAAACCUUUCCAUUGGGACCUAUCCCAGUGUUGGAAAAGAGCGAAUCGAUGGUUACUUUCUUAUCGAGUGUUGGCAGAAAACUAGCUCCAUUGGUGAGUUCAGUAUCUGGUUAUGGCAAAGUCAAUCAAGAACAUUACUUCUCAGCAAAGCCUUUUCAUAAAUCUUUGCGAGCUAUACUUUACAGCCAUAAUAUAUCUAAGCCCAUCAGAAAAAGUGCUGAUAAACUGGCUGGUCGGGCAAUACAAAGUGGAAUCGUCCCAAAACUAGAAGGAGAUAUUUAUAUUGAGUUUGUACUUUCUUGCUAUCCAACUACCUUAUUCGAGUUUCACAAAUCGGAAUUUCCUCGUAAAAUAAAUGACUUCAGUUGGAAACCAUUAAGUUUUCGUGGAUUCUAUAAGAUAUUCUAGAUUUAUUUCUUAAUAUUGAUACUGAUAACACUUGUUGCACUCAUUGAAAUCACCAUUGGUUUUAUGUACUCAUAAAAUGAAAUAAAAACUCCUUGUGAUGUAAAUUUUCUCGAUAAAUGCGAACAUCGGAGCUGACAAAAUUGAGUUGUUUAAUGAUUUAAACAUUGAUUUGAAUUGUGUUGUGAUUAAUUAAUGUUAAUCGUUCUAAAAUUUUUAGAUCAAGUGACUGAAGUUCGUUACAGGCCUCAAGGUACCACGAAUCACAUUGUCACGUAUCUGAUUACUAAAUGACGAAAUCUUUUGAUAAACUGGUCAAUGGGACCUUGUAUGUCGAUUUGGUUGAUGAACCAUUCGCGUGAUUGAAAAUUUUUACUUAUACUUUUUACUUAAUUGCCAUAUUGUUCCUUAUUUCAAACACAGGGAUAGGCCGUAAUGAGAAGGGUUCCUCUAACGAUGAAUACU